GGUCACUUGGUUACCUGUAUAUAUAUAAGGUGAUUGGAGUAACUUGGACAAUCUCAUUUAACCAAAGACAUUUACUCAACGUGUUUAGUUAAUUGCUGCUUUUUGCAAGUUUCUCAAUCAACAAUCAACAACAAUGAAUAAAACUAUUAUUGCCAUUCUCAUCAUCUGUGCCUUAGUUGGAACCAUCGCCGCUUAUGGUUAUGGCCGAGGAUAUGCCAGGCCAUACUAUGGACGAACCUAUUCCCGUGGAUAUUAUCCUGCAUCAUAUGGUUACUAUGGUCGACCCUCUUACUACGGUCGCAGCUAUGGUCAUGGUGGUUAUGGUGGAUACGGAGGAUACGGAGGAUAUGGACAUGGUUAUCCUUACAGAUACCGAUAUGGAUACUGAUUGAAUCCAAGUUAAUACAAAGGUUACAGUUAAUUUACAGAAUCAUCGCCAUCAACAAUCAUUGAAAAUUCAAUUAAUUUAGUUAAUACAAAGAUCACAAUCACCAAUUCACUCAUACAAACACAUAAUAACUCACCUUAAUUUAUCUGAAAUCAAUCAAUCAAUCAAUCAACAAUCAACAAAGAGACAACAAAAACAACAACAACAACAACAAUUAGACAAGAUUUAACUGUUAAUUUCCAAGGCUCAAAUUGUUAACAAUUUAAUUAAAAUGCUCAACUAGAUGUAAACUGAUUAAUUUGUAGUAAUACAUUUGAAACUGAUGAUGAUUUUUUCUAAUAAAAAGUAAUUAACAAAACAA